CGGGCAGACGAAUUAGGGUACUGUCUCAUGAUCAUGUUUUAUUCAUUGCACUAAAAAAACUGAUACUUUUGAUAAAUUGUAUGAGUUAACAAAAGUUUUUCAAAGUUUAUGAAAUUCGAGAAGUAUUGUUUAUAUAUUUAUGUCAAAGACUCUUAAUAAAUAAGUUGUUUGUCUGAAGUUCAUAUUUCAAAAUGGAAGAAAUGUUAAAAGACAAGCGCUUUGCUCAUAUAGCAAAAGAUCCCAAAUUCAGAAGAAUACCUAAAAAUGAACGAAAAGUUAAAAUAGACAAACGUUUUCAAUCCAUGUUCAAAGAUAAAAAAUUUGCAGUAAAAUAUACAGUGGAUAAGAGAGGACGGCCUGUCAAUCAAUCAUCCACAGAAAACUUGAAAAAAUAUUAUGAACUGUCAAGUAGUGAGGAUGAAUCUGAAAAUGAAUUAUCUGAAAAAAGUAAAGCAGUGAAACAGACAUCAAAUAAACCAAAGUAUUCAGAAAAAGAUAAAAAAUAUAUAGAAACGAAACAGACAAUUGAAGAAGAAAGUGAAACAGAUGAUAUUAUUAGUGAAAACUUUUCUAGUAAUGGUAGUUUGCUACUUGUUAAGAAAUCUGCAAAUAACAGUUCUAUAGAACAAAGUGAUAAAGAUUGUGGUAAUGAAAUCAAUGACAUAGAAAUUAAGAAAAAUGAAGAGCAACUGAAAGUGAAAAGGAAAAAUGAAAAAACAUUGGAUAAAGCAGUUAAGGAUAAAUUGCAUGAUUUGAGUGUAGAUUACGCAAGAGGAGAAGGCAUAUUAUUAACAGACAGUUCAUCUGAGGAAGAAAGUUCUGAAUGUGAUAAUGUUGAAAAUGAAAUAGAGCAUGACUGGGGAGAGUUAGAUAAAGAUGCUGAGACAACAGAAGAAAUUACUUGUAGAUUAGCUGCAUGUAAUAUGGACUGGGAUAGAAUAAGGGCAGUUGAUUUGAUGGUACUUUUCAAUUCUUUUCUGCCUCCAGAAGGAGUAAUCAAAAGUGUAACAAUAUAUCCUUCUGAGUUUGGAUUACAACGUAUGAAAGAGGAAGAAGUUAAGGGACCAACUGAACUAGUUGAAUCUCAGGCUGAGAAAAGCGAUGAAGACAAUGAAAAUCUAGACGAUGAUAAUGAAGAAGGUUCAUCUUAUAGCAUGGAAAAGUUAAGAAAAUAUCAAUUAAAUCGUCUCAAGUAUUAUUAUGCUGUAAUAGAUUUUAAUUCUGCUAGUACAGCUAAUAAAAUUUAUACUGAAUGUGAUGGCCUUGAAUAUGAAUCAUCAUCCACUAAGUUAGAUUUGAGAUUUAUUCCUGAUAAUAUGACAUUUGAUCAAGAACCUAAAGAAUUUUGUGAUAAAUUACCAGAUCUUACAAAAUAUCAGCCACGAAUGUUUACAACCACGGCUCUACAGCAAGUGAAGGUAGAUUUAACUUGGGAUGAAACUGAUACAGGCAGACAAGAAAUUAUAAAAAAAAUCAACUCUAACAAUUUGAAUGAACUUGAAGAUGAUGAUAUUCAAGCUUAUCUGGCUGAUGAACUUACAUGUGCAAGUGAUGUUGAGCAUGACUCUGAAGAUCAAGUUAAAAAACAAUUGGAAGAAGUUGAUGAAGUAAAUGACAAUGACAACCCCAUAGAAAAAUACAAAUCAUUAUUAAGAUCUUUGGAAAAAGAGAAGGAAGAUAAAAAAAAUGAAGUGCAUUUAGAAUUUUCAUGGGGCUUGGAAGAUAAAGAAAAAACUGAAAACUUGAUUAAACAAGAUAUUAAGAAAAAGCAAAACAAAGCAUUAGGUCAAUUUGAACAAUUUAUUGAAAAACGUAAAGAAAAGAGAAAAGCCAAAAGAGAACAAAGAAAAAAUAAUUUAAAAGAAGAUGCAAAUGAGGAUUCUGAAAGUGACGAGUCGAUUCCUGAAGGAAUUGAUAUGAAUGAUCCAUACUUUGCUGAAGAAUUGAAAAACCUCAAACAUAAAUCAAAGAAAAGAAAAAUAAACGCUAAAAUAAGUGAAUUUGAUUCAGAUGAAGAAGAGGAAGAGAAAAAACGACAAGUUGAGUUAGAACUUUUGUUAAUGGAUGAUGAGGAGGAUAAUAAACAUCACUUUAGCAUGAAAAGAAUUGAAGAAGCAGAAUCUUUAUCAAAAUCUAAAAAGAAACGUCUGAGCAAAAGAAAGAAGGAUUUGAAAGAUGAAGCAAGUAAAGAUGAUUUUGAAGUUGAUGUUAAAGACUCUCGAUUUGAUGCGUUAUAUACUUCUCAUCAUUACAAUAUUGAUCCUGCUGAUCCUCAUUAUCGUAAAACAAAAGGUACUGAUGCACUUGUACAUGAAAAACUCAAGAGGCGAAAAGAAAAUAAUUCAAUUACAGAGUCUUUCCAAAAAGCAGGAAACGAAGAUAAAAAUAGAAAAAAUAUUGCAACAAAUGCAGAAUUAAUUAAUCUCGUUAAAUCUAUUAAAAGAAAUGCCCAAAAUCUUAGCAAGAGUUUAAAAUAAUUUACUUCGUUG